AUGCGCUUCGUAGACAGCGUCUUGACCUGGUGGAAGCAGGCUCUGCUGGCAGGACAGAAACGAAGAGCGGGCUUUUAAAAGGAUCGUCACUCUGCUGGCGGGGGACUGUGAAGUAUUCGGACACAUCCUUACCUUACUGGCGUACUCAAGCAUGGCCAAACCUCCCAUGCACGGUUCGGUGAUUGUCCCAGACUGGCAUGAGACGGUCGAGGGUAAGGAGUACUUAGCCUGCAUCCUGCGCAAGAAUCGCCGGCGGGAAUUUGGGUUGCUUGAACGCCCGGUGCUGCCCCCUUCCGUGGUCAUUGAUACCGCCAGCUAUAAGAUCUUUGUGUCCGGGAAGAGUGGUGUGGGCAAGACAGCUCUGGUGGCAAAGCUAGCCGGCCUGGAAGGGCCUAUAGUACACCAUGAGACCACCGGCAUUCAGACCACUGUGGUGUUUUGGCCAGCCAAGCUGAAGGCCAGCGACCGUGUUGUCAUGUUCCGUUUUGAAUUCUGGGACUGUGGGGAGUCCGCCCUCAAGAAGUUUGAUCACAUGCUGCCGGCUUGUAAAGAGAAUGCCGAUGCCUUCCUCUUCCUCUUUUCUUUCACCGAUCGGGCCUCCUUCGAAGACCUUCCUGGACAGUUGACACGUGUAGCUGGUGAAGCUCCUGGGGUCGUCAAGAUAGUUAUCGGGUCCAAGUUUGACCAGUACAUGCACACAGAUGUGCCAGAGCGAGACCUCACAGCCUUCCGGCAGGCCUGGGAACUGCCCUUGUUCCGGGUGAAGAGUGUGCCAGGGCGGCGGCUGGCCGACGGACGAACACUGGAUGGCAGGGCUGGGCUAGCUGACACAGCCCAUGUGCUCAAUGGCCUUGCAGAACAGUUGUGGCACCAGGACCAGGUGGCAGCCGGCCUGCUCCCCAGCUCCCCAGAGAGUGCUCCCGGCUGAACGGUGACAACAUCCUGGGUAGAGGCUGGUACUGGUGAUCCCUACUUCUAUCCUGAGGGCUGGCUGAGGAGGGCUCUCACAUGGCAGUAAGAUAGGGCACGAGGCUCCAGAGUUAAAAGGAGCGCGCCCCCGCCUCCCCUGCCCUUCCCCCUUCUGCAGUACCUACAGAAUGGUGGCGGGGGUGGGUACUCAGACGGACCCUGUUAUAACUUUAAUUUUUUUCAACUCCUAUUUUAAAUGAUGGUUCUUAAAUAUUUUAACCUCCCUUGUAGU